AAUUCCAAGAUGGCGAUUGCAGCUGAUAAACAUCUGUGAGGGUUAGCUUUUACGACAGCUUCCGAUGCUGAUUUUUCACGAAUCAUGUCUUUUUGCCUAAGAAAUUCUCCCUCGUUAUAUUCACCAGUGAUUUUUUCGUCCUUCACAAAGCUGUAACAGCACAAAGAUGAACCUGCAAGCCAUUUUUCAAGACUUCAAUCCGAGCAAGUUUAUUGUUUACGGAUGCCUGCUCCUGUUUUCAAUAUUUUUCUCUCUGCGCCUUGACAACACCAUCGCAUGGAGUUACUGGACCAUCUUCAGCCCAAUCUGGUUUUGGAAGUUCAUAGCCAUCAGUGGUGCUCUUGUAGGCAGCUACGUUUGGUGGAGACACCCACAUUAUAGAUUGGAGGGUGAAGCCUACGUGCAUUACAAAGCCAUGCUGAUUAGUUUAGCACUCCACCUGAUACUGCUGAUGUUUGAGCUGUUGGCCUGCGACAAACUUGAGUCAGGGAGACACCUUUGGAUUCUGGUUUUUAUUCCUCUACUUUUUAUCUCAAUUGCGUCGAUUGCUGUGUGCGUGUGGGCUGUAAAACACGACAGGGCGUUCGAGCUCGAGCUGUUCUGUGCUGUGAACAUUCUGCAAUUUGUUUUCAUUGCGCUUAGACUUGACAACUUGGUCCUGUGGAGAUGGGAAGUUGUUUUUGUGCCCCAGUGGGUGUUGUUGUGCAUAGCGUUAGUUGGUGUCUUGUACGCCAUAAUUUUUGCUGCGAUCCUCCUCCGAGCUCCAGAAGCAAGCCACACACAGCGGAAAGCAGCCUUCCAUUCUGCACUAGGGUACACCUGUUUGGUCAUUCCGCUGCUUGUCUUCCAGGUGGUUUUAGCAAAUAAGCUAGAUGGAGAAAUAGAUGCUAGCUAUGUAACUGUGGCGUCGCCCCUCUUUGUUUCCUUUUCAACCCUGAUGUUGAUGUCUUUCGGUGCUAAAGGAGCCAACAAAUGGUGGUUUGGAAUAAGAAAAGACUUUUGCCAGUUUCUGCUUGGCGUGUGCCCAGUUCUCCAAGAAUAUGGCAACAUAGCGUACAGUUCUCGAUCGUCGCCCAUCAAGGAUGGACCGCUGGACCGAUUGGGCCUCUCCAGAAGAUCUGAAUUAAAACUGGUGAUGCCUGUGAUUUCAAUUGAAACUCCAGAUUGAUCUUUUUGAGCAAGGAUGACGAACCUAAUAUCAAUUAUACUACAAUGGAAAGUUCGAGAAAAGACUGCCGAGGAUAAUUUAUUUGCCUUUCCACGAAUAGGCCAUUGUUUCAUUAAAAGUGCUUUAUGUAAUUGUAAAUCUUUGUAAGCUUUAAAUGGCUACAUUGAUAUUAAGAUCAUUUGAAAGAGAAAUGUUAUGUCGCUCUAAAUUUUUAUGAAUCAAACUACAUUUUAGACGCAGUCGACAAAUAAUAUUUUCAUUCAGAUCACACUCUAGUUGUACAUGGAUUCUUUCAAAUGUUUUUACGUCUGCAUGUACUGGAUUGAUUUUGUUAAUUCAGCCAAUUUUACAGUAUUUUUGCAACAUGUUAAUAAGGGUAAGAAAAAUAUUUUCAGAGUCGAGCUAUUAAGCCAUUUAACUGUAAUAAUAUGUCAAACAUCACAGAUUUAAUGUCUUAGGUUUAUUAUAUUAAUGCAUUUUUCUAUUAAAAAAGUGAAACAAUUUUGUUCAUUGUGCUAAAACUUCAAUUUGCACAAGUUAAAGGCCCAUAAAAUGCGCAAUCAAUUUUUUUGCUUCGGCUUUUAUCUGAUUUUAAUUCAGGGGUGGCUGUUUUUGCUUUAGCACAAUAUAUUGUAUCUUAAUUUUCUUUUGCUUGAUAUUUUAGGAUCAUGACGUUGACUACUUAAAUCAAAAUUUACGCCUGUGGAUAGAAAAUUAAUUAAAAAUUCCAAAUAUGAUUUUAUUUUAUGUAUACCCUAAAAUAUUGGGUUACUCUUCAAUUAAAUCAUUUUAAA